UUAUACAAAUUAUUAUUAGUAUUUGUACUGAAUUUGUUGUCAGUCUAUACUGACGAACAAUCUACGCGACUAAUUGGUGAAAAAGCCGACAAUGAUUUCCGUAAAUUUACGGUUCAUCUAAACACAUUAUUUCCUAGUCAUAAUUUUCAAAAUUACUUUUGUAGCGGUAGUCUAAUCAGUGACCGAUGGAUUUUGACUGCCGCUCAUUGUAUUAACGACAGUACACCUGUUAAACAAAUUGUUAGAGUUAAAUUGGGAGGACACCUAUUCGAUCAUAAAGAUUAUUUAAAGAGUUAUAAUCAUUUUACUAAUCCUGAUUAUAAUCCAACAAAUUUCCAUAACGAUAUAGCUUUAAUAAAAUUAGACGAUCCAGUUAAUUUAGAAGAUGGCAAUCUUAGAACAAUAGAUUUAGUACACAGAAAUUAUUACAUUGAUGGACAAUCGUGUGUAUCCAUUGGUUGGGGAAUUAAAGACAAAUACCAAACAUUUCCCAGCGAAUUACAACAGGCCACUAAUCAAAAUAUUUGUACUGAUCAAAUAUGUAAUCAUUUUUGGACUGGUCCAAACAAUCCUUUAACACCAUACGAUGGAAGCAAACAGUUAUGUGCCGGUUCUUUUGAUCAUAGACGUGUCUGUGGAGGCGAUAGUGGCGGACCACUUAUUUGCAGACCGUUUACCGGAUCUACGAAUAAUAAAGGUCCUUAUAUGGUUAUGGGUGUUGCUUCGUAUGCUGCACUUGGAUGCAAUACGACUAUGGGACCUAGUGUCUAUACUAGAGUGCCCAAUUAUAUUAACUGGAUUGAACGUACAAUGCAAGAAAAUUAAAUUAUACUACUAAUUAAUAACAAUAUUACUACUAUUACU